UCAAAGUAAAAUCAUUCCCCCAUUUAAGUGGUGUGGAAAAAUCCAUUGGAAUAUUUGAAAGAAACUGAGAGAAAAUGAAAAGAAAGAAAAAAGCAAGAGACUAAUGUUAAUGUGCAAACAAUCAGCAUAUCUCACAGACGCGAUCAAACGCUGCAAAAGCAUCAAACAAGUCCACCAAGUCCAUGCACAGACCAUCACCAGAGGCCUCCUCUCUCUCUACCCUUCUUCCUCUCUCAUCCUCACCAACAUCCUCCAUGCCUUCACUUCACUUCUCACUCCACCACCACCUUCCCAUCAUCCCCAUCUCUCCAUUCGCUACGCCAUUGCCGUCUUUCACCUCAUCAACAACCCUUCAACCUUCUGUUACAACACCAUCAUUCGUGCCCAUACCCUCCUCUCGUUCUCUCACAAUGCCUUCCUCUUCUUCACCCGUAUGCGCCGCCUCUCCGUCCCGCCCGAUGCCCACACCUUCCCUUUCGCUCUCAAAGCUUGUGCACAGCUCCGUUCACUCUCACUCGCCAAAACCCUUCAUUCACAAUCCUUCAAGUUUGGGUUUUCAGCUGAUAUAUUUGUAUGUAACUCCCUAGUUCGCGUAUACUCUGUUUCUGAUCAAAUUCAUUAUGCUUAUCAGGUGUUUGAUGAAAGUACUCAAAGGGAUAUUUGUUCGUAUAAUGUGUUGAUUGAAGGGUUUGUUAAGGCGGGUGAGACUGGACGAGCACGUGAAUUGUUUGAAGAAAUGCCUGAAAGAGACGCAGUUUCGUGGGGUACCCUCUUGGCUGGGUAUGCGCGAAUGAACCAAUGCAGAGAGGCGAUUGAGCUCUUCGAGCGGAUGGUUGCAUUGGAUGUUCAGCCUGACAAUGUUGCAUUGGUUUCGGUUCUCUCUGCUUGUUCACAGUUGGGGGAGUUGGAUAAAGGCAAGGCUAUACACCAUUAUAUUGAAGAAAAUGGGAUUCGUAUAGAGGCGUUCUUGUCAACUGGCUUGGUGGAUCUGUAUUCAAAAUGUGGGUGCAUUGAGAAUGCUAGGCAAAUCUUUGAAUCUUGCCCUGACAAGAAUUUGUUUGCGUGGAACGCGAUGAUUGUUGGACUCGCGAUGCACGGUCAAGGCUGGCUGUUACUUGAUUACUUCUCAAGAAUGGUGAAGGCCAGAGUUCAACCUGAUGGGGUGACUUUCUUAGGAGUUUUGGUGGGGUGUAACCAUGCAGGUCUUGUUGAUGAAGCCAGGCGGCUUUUUGAAGAAAUGGAAACUGUUUAUGGGGUCCCUCGAGAACUCAAGCACUAUGGAUGCAUGGCUGAUUUGCUUGGGCGGGCUGGUUUAAUCAGAGAAGCGAUGGAAAUGAUAGAUGCAAUGCCAAUGAGAGGCGACGUGUAUGUAUGGGGUGGUGUGCUUGGUGGAUGUAGAAUACAUGGGAAUGUUGAGGUUGCAGAGAAAGCAGCUGAGCAUGUGAUACAGGUGAAACCUGAAGAUGGUGGAGUGUAUUCAGUCUUGGCCAAUAUUUACGCGAAUGCAGAGCAAUGGGACGACUUGGCAAAGAUAAGGAGAUUGAGAGAUUGUAGGAGGGUCAAGAAAAGUGCUGGUUGUAGUUUGAUUCAAUUGAAUGGGGUGACACAUGAAUUUGUUGCAGGGGAUAGCUUGCAUCCUCAAACUGAUGAGAUAUAUGUUGUUUUAAAUAGUAUUGGACAACAUCAAUCUGAAGCAUUCUAGAUAUACACUUUGAAUAUAUAACAUUGUUGUUCUUGUCAUCGCUUCAUGAGAGUACUGUUGUUCAUGAAGUACCUCAAAGGGUUAAAUUGCACAAGUUUGAGGCCAACAUACUGAAAAUAUAGUUGCCUCACAGUGCUUGAUGUUUCUUCAGAAGUGUGUUCAAGAUCUGGGUAGUUGCCAUACAGGAUGGCCACUGCUCUGGGGCCUCUCGGCA